AUGGAUUUGAUUCUGAGGGAGUCCUCGAUGGCGGUCAUUAGCUUGGAUCAAUUGGUGGGAAUGAGGCUCAGGAGACUUGGACCCCUUGACCUAGAGCCCGAAGAAUAUCUUCUUCGGCCAGCAGUAGUUGAAGAUGAUGGCGAAACCACAGUGGGAAGCCCGGCUCGUUCUGACGCAACCACGCUUACCAGAUCGACCAUAAGCAAGCUGGCCGAUCAACUUCUUCGUUUGCAUGUGGGUAAUGCCAGAAUCACCAAUUUUUUCAAGAAGGAUCUCGGCAGGGCCAGAAGAGGCGGCCAAAAGCCAAAGUCCGUAUCCCGAAGCGUCAAAAAGACGCAUGCAAAGUUGAAGAAGUCAAAGCAACUAAGCAUUCGGGACUACUUUUGUCCAAGCCGAUCAAACCAAAUGAACACCUCUCAGUAG